GGGACUUAAAAACCAGGGGUCCUGUUUUUCGUCGGUUGAAACGAAACUGCGAUUGACCCGACGAGAAUUUGAGUAAUGGGUAGCUACCCGCUAACCCGCUUCGCUGUAAUCCGGGUUCUAUUCCUAUUUCAAAUCUCGAAAUUGACUAUCUAAGCAUAUCGUUUUAAGAUACAUAAACAUUAAAUUAGGGUUAUAACAAAAUAGGUAAUAAAAUACCUACCUACCUAAUUUAAUUUAGAAAGCGAAAAACAACCUCAAGUUUCCUUUUCGCUUAUCUCAUAACUCGUGAAGUGACCUACGCUUUAUCUACAUUGAAACCGAACGCAAGCCGCAAUAGAAAACAAAUACAAUAUCCACCCCACGACGUCCCCACUGGUUGCUCGAGUGUGUUGGCCAAAGUUUGUGCGGCGUGCGAUCGAUCGGUGCGCGCGCAACUACCCGCUUGUAUAAAAACCCCAGCGCAUACCCCCGAUCAGCACAAUCGCUGACGAACGCCGCGCGUUGCCGCUCGCCUGGGGCGCUUUCUCUUCUCUUCUUUAUUCGUCUGUCUUCUAUGCCGCGUGGGUGGGCCGUCUGAUGCCGGCGCCGCGAUGCCUCGCUGCCUCAUGGCCAAGAAAUGGAAGGCGGCUCCUGCGGCGGAGCUGGAGGAGACCGACGAGGAGAUCGACGUGGUGGGGGACGGGCGCGGCCGGAGCCCCGCGCCCGCCGCCACGGCGCCGGGGCCUCCGCCGCGCGACCCCGAGCCCACGCUCCUCUACAACGGCUACACCGAGGAGCAGCCUUCCUCGCAGUUCACCGCGCGGCUGCCGAGCGAGGUGAGCGCCACGGCCGACGCCUCCCCGCCGCUCUCCUACGCCCUUCUGCAACUGUCUGCCUCCCCCGAGCCCUUCCUCCACGUGCAGCUUCAGUCUUCUUCUCCUCCCCCGCCACCGGCGAGCGGCAAGUCCAUCUCCAUGUGCUACACGAGCACGGGCGCUCUACUGUCUCUCCCGCCCAAAAAGAAGGACAUCUACCGCCCCUACUGCCUCGAGAACCGCGCCGCACAUCUCCAUCGCGCGGAAGAAGACCUCAACGCGGCCCACGCAAUCCUCGACCUCAGCCAACACGCGGUAUUCCUCACCACCCCACCCCGGGUCGACCCCGCGCCUCCCGAGCCGCCGCCGCCACCGCCACCGCCUCCUGAGCCCGUAGCUGCGGAACAGAGCCCCGAAAGACCACGAGAAACCGUCGCAUACACCUACGACGCAUUUUUUGUCAGCGACGGCCGAUCAAAACGCCGAAACUAUGUUAAUUCACCCGUCGAAGCGCCACCGCAACCCGAACCGAAGUCAAAGUACACCUGCAGUGAAUGCGGAAAACGGUAUGCAACUUCCUCGAAUCUGUCGCGACACAAGCAGACACAUCGCAGUCUUGACUCGGUAUCGGCAAAGCGCUGCGGCGAGUGCGGCAAGGCUUACGUUUCCAUGCCGGCGCUGGCGAUGCACGUGCUGACGCACCAGCUGUCUCACGUGUGUGGCGUGUGCGGAAAGCUGUUCUCGCGGCCAUGGCUGCUGCAGGGGCACCUGCGCUCGCACACGGGCGAGAAGCCGUACGGCUGUGCGCACUGCGGCAAGGCGUUCGCGGACCGCUCCAACCUCCGCGCGCACAUGCAGACGCACUCGUCCGAUAAAAACUUCGAGUGCUCGCGCUGCCAUAAGACAUUCGCACUGAAGAGCUACCUCAACAAGCACCAGGAGUCGGCGUGCGUGCGCGACGACGAUUCCCCGCAGCCCGAGCCCGCCGAGUCGGGCUAGCGCACGCGCACACGCAACUAGGGACCGUAACCGCCGUAUGGUUUACAACUAAACGUAAAGUAUUAAUAUGAAUUUAGAUAAUAGCGUAAUAUAAAUUUACAAAUUUUAAAAUAGGAGCGAGCGUUCGGCGACCCGCUCGCGAUCUGUGGCCUCCGGAACUCGGCACUCGUGUAUUAAAUAAGAAUUUUGGUUGUGCUGCAACGAGAACACGAGCAAUAUAAAAGCAAUAUUUUGAGGAGCAUCCCGACAGCGGAAGAUAGUUUAGUCGUAUUUUGAUUUACUUAGUACGAGUGAAUGAGUGUGUAGGUGGCGAGUGUGGGGCCGCGUCGAGGAGGCGCGGGGAGGCGGCGCCGGCGCCGCGACACUCGAGCAACGUUUCGCAAACAACGAAUAACGUACGACCCCGUAGGCCGCCCCGCGGCAGUAGGCCGUAGCGUCAGACGUCCCGAUACGUUAAACAUUUACCUAUAUGUAUGUACUCGUCGAUAAAUAUACCCUUAUAUACAUAGUAUUGAAAUAUGGAUGAAACUAAUAUCUUUUGUAGGUGAUUUUUACAACCGCUACGUAGGUUAGAGAUAGGGUGUAAGUUAGCCGAGGAGUCGACGGAGCAAGAAAAACGUCUCCGUCUCUGGUUCCGGGGACUGUCAGAAUCGAGUUCACAGGAUCAGACAUGAACACAUACUGAGGUGUGCUCGCCUUUGGCAGUUCGUCCGGUUAUCCCUCGGUAUAAAACUUGCCAAAACUUUCCGUCCGAAGGCGCUCACGUGCCGUGCCUGGCCGCGGCAGUGCAUUUGCGGCGACGCGCCGCGUCGCUCCACCGCUCCCCGAUACUUGCUCUUUCAGGGGGGAACGCUCCGAGAAUCCCUGACCUUUUACAUUUGACAUUCGAGUACCGAUGUCCCCAUGAUGCGUUCUAACCAAUAGAGUGUGAAAAUUAACAUACCGACCGAUCUAACACUUGCACAAAAGCUUUGAUUUGGCUUAUUCAAAAUAUUUAAUAAUCACUUUCCUUAAAUAUACUGUUUUCCAUUUCAUUAAACGGCGGCGGCCCUUGAUAUAGCAAAUACAUAUUUUAGGCCUCAUAAUUAGUUGCCGACUUUCUAUUGUCCUAGCGUGAACUGUAAUUAGCAAAUAAAUUUGCCAAACUCAAUUUGUUAAACCAAUUUGGCCAUGAUUGGCAUAAAUAAUGAACAGCUAAAGGUAAAUUAAUCACUGCGCCCGACUGCGUGUCUAUCAGACAAUUAGUGUUGCCAUAAUGUAUUUAUUCGUAAAUAUGAGUCAGUACUUAUCUAUAUUACCUACCAUAACUACCUACAUCGCAGAUACACAAUUAAUGGCAUGCAUAUGCAUAAUAUUUAUGACUUAUUGAAAACAAAAUUUGAAAUCGGAUCUAUCGGUCUUCCAAUAAUUUGUAUUCUUAAUCUUAAAUAUACUUUAGACAGUUUUAAUUGAUAAUAGUUUUGUCUAUUUAUUUACGUUAGGUGACUUCGCUAUUGGACAAAUAAACGUCAAUGGGCUGGAGCGCGUGUCGGCGGCGCGACGUGCGCACUGUAUGGCUAGGGUUGCCACCAACAGAAAUAGUCUAAUAAAUAAACAGGCACCUAACAGCCUUAAUUAAGGAUCAGUAGUCAAGAUUGCUAGCAUAGUUUAAUCUAACACGGCAUUAAGCGUGUAAUGAGCCUUCCAAAAUAAAAUUCUUUAUUAUCUACGAUAAGCGGGUGGUAACCCUGACUGUGGCGGCAGGCAGGGCCGCGCCAAACAGACAGCAUGCCUUUAGUUUGAGCGUGCAUUAUUAGAAAUGUUAAAGUAACUGGCAAUAAAGUAACCGUAGAACAACGAUGACACAACCCUUAUAAACGUAAUACAAAAUGCGCACUGCUCUGUCAACUGCAUAACUAGUGUUUUGCACUUGAAAGAACGGCUACACACAGUCUAACGGUACAGAGGCGCAAGUUUAUUUUCAAUUGACUGAACACCGCGUUUCACAGCUUUUCCAAGGGUUGUGUACUCGGUGACGUAGAAUAAGCUAGAGAUAACUAGGCUAUGAGGCGAGCGCGGCUCGCGGAAGAGGGUAUUCGAAAAGCAAUAAUAAUGUAGGCACUAAAAUGUUGCGCACCGCAGUCGAAAUGACGCAGUCUUGAUAAUCCUGUAGUCCGUAGAGUAGUUCACCCGCGCAGCGACCUCACAGGAUAAAAGGAACACACCAUCACCAACCACAAUUCUAGCCUGAAUUAUAAUAAUGUGGUGAAUUAACAAGUAACAAUAUUUUGAGUCACAUAUCUAAGCGAAGAACGGAGUUUAACAUUAUAAUUCAGUGUUGGCGACGUAUGUUAUUUCUAGUAAUUGGUCAACGUAAUUGAGUAAUAUACAGAACCCAAAAAAAAAUUCGUAUAAAACCGUCAGCAUUUUUUUUUACAUUAUACUUUUAGUAAAUUUACCUCAAAUGUAACAGUCUGUUAUUGGGAUCAAAAACGUUACUGAAACGAAAAUGUGUGUUGUGAAGGCAUAGGCCAUUGAAGGGAAAGUUACCAGCACCAUAGUGUAUAGGAAUGUAGGGACGUAGACAUGGGUACUUUCGAAAGCCUGGCCGUCCUGUGAGGUCGGUGACCCUUCUUUACUAUCAAUUGUGGUAAGUUUAUCCUCCAUUAUCGACUAUUUUGGAAGCUAGCGCAGUUUGAUUGUGUAUAAUCAAUUAUCAUUUUACUAGGUCGACAGAAUAAAACGAGACACAAGACAUUGUUUCCAGAAAGUUUUUAAACUUUGUUUCGAGUUGAAAAUAGAAUAACGUAUUUUUAUGUAAUUUUCCCUUGUUAUAAAAAUACAUUUAUGGGUCUUACCAUAUUAUAUGUAUAUUUGCUUGUGUAACGGGAAUGAAUGCAAUGGCAAACCUUAUUAGGUAUAAUUGCCAUCUUGCGAAAAUGUAUAAAAAAGUGCUCCUGAACGCGGUUAUUUUACAAAAACUGGAGUAAAUUAAGGAAUUAUUAUUCGACCAAAAUAAAAGAAUGGGGUAAUGGUAGCGACACUCUGGGUUAAUAUUAUAAAAUAAAUUUGUAAGUUUCAGGGAAAACUUACCACAGUUGAUACUAGUUAGUGCCUCACAAGUCAAUUCGUCGUUGGUGGAUUUAAUUUAAGCCUGUCAAUUACCGUCUUUUUAAAAGAUGACGUUCCUGUUUCAAUUAAAAAUCUGAUUAACUAAUUUAGUUCAGUUGAAGUGUUCUGAAUGGUUGUUGUUAUUUUGGGGAAGGCAACGAAAAGGUAAUAUGAUGAUUUAAUUAUAUCCUGACUUCUUGGUUUUGAAGUAAAUUGGGAUCACGUGAACAUUGUUUCAUAAAGAUUGAAGAACUUCGCAAUCAAAAGUACGUACUCUCUAACGGAUAUCAUAAGUACAUAUAAAGACCUGUAACUAUUAAGCCAGCAAUUAUUAAUACAAUUUUACUGUAACAACCAAUAAUUUAGAGACGGUUGAAAACAUUGUCCCAUUUAUGUUACUGUUUGCCAUCCCCCUGUAAAGCAUCGCAAACUGUUUGGACCGUCGGAGAGGGGCAGCUCUGCGUAUUAGAGAUCAAAGCACGCCCUGUGUCUCUCUCUAGCGUAAAGAUCGGUCCCUUUCUGAGGCUUCCGUUGCAUGGACUAACACAAAGCCUAGGGAGGCACUGGACUCGAUCCUAGACGUAUAUUCCCAUUCCUACUAGUAGUUGUAGUGCCACAUUUUAAAUCUAGUAUUUAAUAUUUCCCUAAUAAUCACUAUUGAGUAUCAUUUGGGUUUACCUUUUUUAAUAGUUUUAACUGACGAUGGUCGCGCGUAAAAGCAAUAUAAUGUAAAUGAAUAAGCAAUACUAUUGUAGGUUAUAAUAUGUAGUACGUAUUUAUUGUUUAAUCGAGAAAUUUUGUAGAUUUUUAGAUAUUUUUGGUGCUUUGGAGUACUAUAUUGAAAUUUGAAUCGAAUCUGACAUCGAAUAUUGAGUAAAUUAUAAUGAAAUUGUUUUUAUUAUUGACUAGGUGGUAGGUUUAUAUCUGUUCGAAGUUCGUUUCUCUUUCUCCUCCUGAUAAGAAGUAUCUACGAGUACUCCUUCGCAUCUCCCUCGAUCUCUUAUAAACUCUAGCUGUCCCGAUCGUCUUCUGUAGUAAUCGCAAGUUGCUUUUAAAUAAAAGUCUAAAGCAAAAUAUUUUAUUCAAAUAUUUAUACUAACGUUAUUGUAAUUGUAGCGAAUACGAAUAAGUAAUGUAACUAACGAAACCAACUUAUAUACAAAAAUAUAUACAAUUAAUUGUAAAUAUUUCCCUGUGUACCAAAAUUUUCCUUCUUUACAAUUUUUGUAGGUGUAGUAUUAAAUACCUUUUAUAGUAGGUAAAGGAAUAUAUAUAGAUUAUAACUUAGUGAGUCACGUCUAGUCUCGUUAGUUUACACGGAGACUGCUUUGCCGCGGCAAACAUCGCAAAUAGCAGGUACACUGCAAAGCGGUCGAGCCACUCAUAAUGUGACUUUCAUUCAAUAUUGAUAAAAAAAAAACAUAAAUGUUUCCAGUAAAAAUGAUUAAAUGAAGUGCUUAAAAUGUGUCACAUUUUCUAGCGGUCACAUGUUAUCGUACGGGAUUCAAACUUACAUAAAAAAAAUACGAGCAAUGUACGAAAUUGUACGCCAAAAAAAAAUACUUACGAGAAAACACGGAUCAGUGAUCAAUCUGUCACCGUUAGGAAGCACACUUCCGGGCGGGCGCUAUCUAUUUCAUUAUGUAGCAGUCGAGUUUUCAACUGUCUUGUGAAUCACACAAUAUGUACAUACGCGAAAUCUUCCUUAAUUUUACAUUAUUUUUAAUUAGAGUACAAUUUCGUAUAUUUAUCGUACAUGUUUUGAUGUGAAAUUGAACUCUGUACGAUACCAUGUCACCGCCAGAAAAUCUGACAUCUUAAAAUGUAUUUAAAAGUCACUGGCGUUUAAAAUAACUGUAAUUUUUAUAAAAAAAUAAAUUAACAUACACUGAAAUUUUGAUAAAAAAAAUUGGCAGUAAUUUCUCAACGAAGCUCAAAGAAGAACAUGUGAAAACCAAUGUUACUUAAAUUAACGGGAUAAUUUGAUUGCUUGUUUGAAUAUUAUGAAUUUAAAGGACUUACUUAUAUUAAGCAAUACAUAAGUACAUAACACCAAUGUUUUCUGUAUGUGCUACAAAAAAUAAAUUAUUAUAUUUUAAUGCCUACAUAACUAUAUACUGCCCGUCAAUCCAAGUAACGUAUAAAUACAACAGAAAAAAAGAAAAACAUGAUAGAUAAGAUUUCAAAUACAGUGAUAAAUAAAAAAUGUCCAAACUAGCAAUACACAAUUAACUUAAGCAAUAAAUACCUUAGAUUUAAUGUGACUAGUAGGCCAUUACUAGCAUAUAGCAAUAUAUUAUAAGACUAAUAUACUACAAGAGCAAUACCGAAGCAAUAUGCAAAUGUAAUUGAAAUAAGACAAAAGUCUUAAUUUACCAAAUGUUGCUGAUAAGUAGACUGUAAACAAGUGAUAAAUAUAAAUAAAAUGUGAAAAAAAUCUUUUCAUUGGAAUCAUGAAGUAUUUAUACAUUGGUUUGAUAUUGAAUAUUCAAUUUACAUGUCAUUUUGAAGUCAAGAAUUAAUGCUAUUAGUUUGUUUGCAUUGAAUGUCGUAAACUUUUUUUAUUGUUUAUUAGUUUUAGCUUAGUAAUAAAGUAUAUGCACGCUUUGACCGGGAUAUAAUACCUUGCAUAUAUAAACAAAUAUGUGCACUAAGUAAACUGCGUCAUUGUCCAAAACAUAAGUACCAUACGGCUGUAGACGCCAAACGGUUUACAUUAAUUAACUAGCUGGAUUUGAUGAGACAUUCGUCAGAGGAUUUGCUAUUUAUACAGUAGGUAUAACCUAAUGCAUUUUUCAUAGUUUAAGAUGUCCUGGUCGAGGCACGCAUAUAAUUACAGACACAUUCGAUAUUUCCCCCAAUGAGCCUAUUAUGGUCUGACUAACUGUACGAUAACUUCGAAAAAUUGUGAUGUGAGACUUUAAAAGCAAUAUUUACAAAGUUUUUGUCAGUGAAUUUGGGAUAUAUUCAGAGGCUUGUAAACGCAUAUUAAUAUUCCUAAUUAUAUCUGAUUAAUAUUUUACAAUACGUUACAAGCACGAAACUGAAAAAAAAAUGUUGAUAUACAAUUUCCGAUCCAUUGACCGUAGAUAUUGGCUUUAUUUUUCAAGCCUCUGAUUAGAUAACGAAAAGAUAGUAUUACUAAAAGCAAUAAAAACAAGCAAUAUAAUAUCGAAGUUUUACAACGAAUCUUUUAAUUAUAGUUAUUUUGCGUGUACAACGAAAUAAAAUGUUUACGUGUAGCACUAUAAGAUGGAAACAAAAUGAUCCCCGCAGAAAAUCGUAAUACUUCGUAUACUUACACCUACCCAUAAUAGAAAGCUCAUCAGAACGUAUGCCUUAUGCGAUAAUGUGAAGAUUACUAAAAUAUGGAAAUUUUAUGUUGUUAAAAAUAUCCGGAAGUUCUUAAAUAUUUUAAAAGGGUUUUGGGGAAACUUAAACUAAAAUAUUUAGAAGUUCCGAUAUCAGCAUACCGCAAACUUCCCGUAAACUAAACGGGAAGUUUGGUACUUAUUUAGAUACCUACUAGCGAUUUACACGAAACUUGCUGUAGACAGUACAAUUGCAACUCGGGGAUCAUUUUGUUUUGUUAGUACUAGCGAGAGUAAUCCUAUAGAGUGGUCCACGACAAUAUGGCAUAAAACAUAAAAUUGUAAGUAGUUUUAGAAAUAUUAUAGGCACGAUUGUCGUGGGCGUCUCUAGUUUUGGAAAGAUUUUAAUGGUUAAAAUAAAUUUUGAUCACAAGGGAUCUACGAUGUUUUAAAUAAGGAUCACAUGUCGCAGGUAUUUUUUGUGACGUGCAUUUUUGUGCUGUGUAUAUUAAUUAGUUUAAUGGAGGGCUUGAUUGUUAUUAUGUCUAAGUUUAAUUUGUAAUGGAAUAUCAUUCUACAGAGUUACAAACGAAUUAUUAUGAAAUUAUGAUUUACCAUUAAUUACUAAGGGUGAAGAAAAUUAACUAUUACCUACAUUAUUAUUAUUUGAAUAAACAGUGAUAUUCAAAUUUAGGUCGGAAGGUACGGAAGUACCUUGUAAAUAAUUAAAAUGUUUUAAUGUAAUUUUGUUACUAUGAGUUUUAUGUGCAAUAUUAAUUAAUUUUAUACUUAUUUUGUAUCUAAUUUAAAUUAAGUUAAAAUCUUAAAAUAGGUGCCUAAUAUUCAUUUUGUAAACAUGCAGCACUGUGAUCAUAUAAAGUAUUAUGGGAUAAUUAUUUUCUACAGUCGCUUUUGAGAACCAGGAUAAUCUAGCCUGUAGACGGUCUAGUCAUUUAGAUUUAACGAGUAUUAUACCAUUAGAAGUAGAGUGAGGUGACGGAGUAAUGUGAUGCAAUCGUAGCGAUCGAGUAGGAAACACUAGGAUGUGAAAGGUAUAGUAGAAUACACAGAAAAGUACUAAAUUUGCCUUAUUUUUUGUGCGAGUGACCAAGUUAUAAAGUAUUGUCUUUUCAAGCAAUCCCAUUGGAAAAAUCAUAGCAAAUCCAAGCUCAGCCUUUUUAAACAUAUAUGUAAAGGAAUUGAGAUGAAUUGAUCUAGAUUUUGAAUGUAAAGGAAAAAAUAUCGGACAUGUACGUCUUCAUUAAUACGCACAUAUUAACUGUGUUUAGGCUUAAACAUUGUUCACUCGUACAAAAAGUUUCAAAAAACCCUUGGCUUCCACAGCUAAGAUGCCGUGCAAUCGCUAUAUUUAAGAAGAAGUCGACCAAAUUCUCUAAUGAGUGUCUUUGGUAGCCUGACCCUGACCAACGGACGUACUUCUAAUAAGGCCUUUGUGCAGUGCGGCAUAGUUAUUGUUGGCGUCUUUAGAUUAAGUUUAUGUCAGUAAUUGCUUAAGUCGAUUAGUCGGUUAACUCAGUCUUAAAUCGUGUCUUAAUUAUUACUAAUAAUUUCCUUAUAAACUAAACUAAAUAAAGACCGAAACAUUCCAAAAUGUUGUUAACCGACUACCUACUUUAAAACAUAAUUGUGUGUCAGAAGUAGGUAGAUAUACGUUUACAUUUUUUUGUAUCGUUUGUUCACAAAUAUACAACAAUUGUACGAAGACCUUAUGCGGCAUCGCACAAAGGCUUUUAGGAGUCAUACGAUGUACAUUAAUGUAAAUAUUUGUUUUUCGACCCCAGAUUCGUCGUACCUUUCCAAAAUAACCAUUGAUCGUAGAAUGUCAAUUUUUAAUUCAUCUAUUCCUUCCUAAUAAGCAAUUAUUAUAGUACCAAAAGUACCUACAGAGUUAGUAUAACAUUGCAUGGAAUAUAUAUUAUUAUAAAAUAUUAUAGCAAAUAAAAACGUAUGUAAAGUAAGCAUAUUGAAAUAUUGAAUUAUUCUUACUGUUGCAUUUGAUCUGUCGAAUUUAAAUUUUGUUCCUAGCAAUUUAUUUUAUCUGCAUUUUUAAAUCAAAAAAAUAGAAGUAGCAGUAAACAAGUCUUGAUAGAAUAGUCCGGAUAUUCUCUAAUAUUCCAUUUAAUUAAUUAAUAAAAUUAUUAUAGGAACGCCACAAAACUUGUACAUGUACGUUUUCAUUGCUAUUUGAAUUUUAUUGUAAGUACCUAGAACCUGAAAUAAUUCGAUCUCACAUUAUUACCAUAAAGUAGCCAAUGUUACGUUACAAAAAUACAAUAAAAAAACACACUUGAGAAACACCAAUAUACUCGUACUUAAAUAAGUUUUUUUACAAGUUCGUACGAUAAAUAUCUAAAAUUAAUUAAAAUUUUUAUUUAAAUAAGUAGUGACGUAACUAACCUUUGUUUACUUGUAAUGCAAAAGUUGAAAAAUGAUAUAAAUUAAAUAGAGACCUAUUGGAUUCGUCAAAAUGUCUGCUGAUACGUUAGUGAAUCUAAUGUGUAUACCGUACCGUUCAACCGGUUUUUUUUUACGUCUAAUCGUUACAAUCUGCAUUAACCAGACAAUUCCCGGGCCACCCUUCAUCAAUAUUCGUUUACGUCAAGGUAAUAAUGGCCUAAGUGAUAAUUGAUGUGUACGACAUAUGUACGUCUUACAACAUAGGCAAUCAACUGAAUAAAAAUCUGGUUAGGUAACCUAUUUUCGGUCAUGCAGAUAACAAGGAACUGAUUCAAUGUCAGCGUGAUUUCGAUAUUGCCAGAAAAACUAAUCCUAGUUUUGAUCAAACAAUUGAAGUUGGACAACCCGCUUUGGUCUGUCAAACACUGGUUGUAUAAAACAGUUUUUCCACCAGUUUAGCCCGAGCAUUUCGUUGAAGCUCUAUUUUUCAUUUGGGUAAAUACCGUUCGGGCUUGCGCCUCCAUGCGAAAACCUUUGUGGCUAGUAACAAAUUGCUGCUGGAUUUAUGGCGCUUCAAUUUUAAAUGGAAACGUCAAAAUAAAAGAACGCCUCGGAAACGAAUUGUUGAAGCUCUCAGAGCAAUCGCCGGCAUUGAACACGCAUACGAAUCCAAUAUUGAAUAAUCAUUUAACGAUACAGCGGAUUAUACGACGCAUUUUUAUAGACUUUAUUUAGAUAUCAACUUUACUAUUAUGUACUUAUAUAAUUGCAUACUAAGCGACGCGAAGUUUUAAAAAGGAAAUGUCCAUGAACGAUUAGAAAUAACGUUUGGCAGUAUAGUAUUGUUACUUCUACCAGAUAACAUUUACAAAAAUCUGUCUACGAAAGUGUUUCAAAAUAGCGUUCCAGGACAUUAAAUUGACGUCAUAAUUCUAACAUGGAACGUAACAUCCCUACUUUUGUUUAUAUCUAAUAAAAAUACUUAUAACGAAAUAAUACUUUCCAAAAAAGUUGCCUUUGGUGAACUAGCCUCUUAACUACCUACUCAUUUUUUUUUUGUUACUAUUUAUUAAGAUUGACCAUUUUCAGGUAAAUAGGAUUUUAAGACAACACCCAAAACAGCACAUGUUUUUUAAUUAGUAUUUUUAUAGUUUCUUUUAUUUGUGCUGUUUGUGGAAGAAAAUAACAGAAAUUAAAUACAUGAGUCGUGUGACUAGUAGUUCCUUGGUUAAACGUAGUUCAAAAGUCUAUUAAUUGUAGAGACAUAUUAGAGCACAAAGUUUUGGCGUUAUAAUAGUUUUACAAUUUUAGUGCGGUAAGUUGCGUUGACUGUGAGCUACACGAGUUUUGUUGCAUUCUGCAUUUUUAUUUUAGAGUUAGAAUUGUUUCAAUACUCAUAAAAAUAAAAUUGUAUUGUAUAA